GGUGCUGUGAAAAUUGUUGAAAUGACAGCAAAGGAUUUAGAAUAUGAUGACAUACCUUUAGUUGAUAGGGCAGUAGCAGGAUUUGAGAGGAUUAGCUCCAAUUUUGAAAGAAGUUCUACGGUGGGUAAAAUGCUAUCAAAUAGCAUUGUAGGCUACAAAGAAAUCGUUUGUGAAAGGAAGAGUCAGGUGGUGUGGCAAACUUCACUGCUGUCUCGUUUCAAGAAAUUGUCGUGGUUGUCUCAGUCUUCAGCAACCACCACCCUGAUCAGUCAGCAGCCGUCAACACUGAGGCAAGACCCUCCACCAGUAAAAAGAUGAUGACUCACAGAAAGCUCAGUGAUGGUUAACAUUUUUUAGCAAUAAGCUUUUCAAAUUGAGUAACUUCCAACUGAAUACAGCAGGGAUUCUGGCAAUUUGGAUUCUUGCUGGGCUGAAUUUGAUAGCGCACCCUGGUUCCUGGGAACACUUCAGAGCCAGAAAGGUGACAAGGAUGUCUUAAUGAAGGAGACUUCUGGACCCCACUCAAGGGCGGGGCUAUUGCCAGGAAGACCAAGCAGGCCAUGGGGGAUCAGGACUUACCUGGCGUUUUGGUGUCUGGAUUGGAAGGACCUCAUGGUAUAUGUGAGGAUCACAUUGGAGAUCUGCAGAAACACUUUACUCUCGUUACUCUGCAAGAAUUUUUGGAAAAUAACACACGAUUCGGUCCAAAGGUCCAAGCUGUAUACAUCUGGGGCGGAAAGCCAGCCGUUACCCAGGAGCUCCUGCAGAGUCUGCCCGCCUUGAAGAUAAUUGCCAGUGCAGGAGCAGGUCUAGAUCACCUGGACCUGAAGCUCAUUGCCAGCUGUGGUGUGAAGGUGGCCAACACACCGCAGGCGGUUUCCAGUCCCACAGCAGACAUGGGGAUGGCCUUACUGCUGGCCGCAGCUCGCAGAGUCGUGGAAGGUCAUAGGUUGGCUAUUGCACCGGAUACAGAGAACUUUUCUACAAACUGGAUGGGUCAAGAAGUUACAGGGGCCACUCUGGGAAUCAUCGGCAUGGGCAGCAUUGGCUAUAAGAUUGCUCAGAGGGCCAAAGCAUUCGACAUGAAGAUUCUGUAUCACAAUAGGAAACGCAGGAAACUAGAGGAGGAGGAGGCUGUUGGAGCCACUUACUGUGAGAGUCUGGAUGACCUGCUUCAGCGAUCGGACUUUGUGCUGUUGGCCGUGAGCCUGACACCCCAGACCCAGAGGCUGAUUGGGAAGAGGGAGCUGAAUAUGAUGAAGCCCACUGCCAUUCUCGUCAACAUCGGCAGAGGUCUGUUAGUCGACCAGGACGCCCUGGUGCAGGCUCUUCAGACUGGGGUUAUUAAAGGAGCAGCACUGGACGUGACGCACCCGGAGCCCCUGCCCAGAGAUCAUCCUUUAUUGAAGUUGGAGAACGUCACUUUGACACCUCACGCUGGGAGUGCUACUCAUCAAGCCAGGCGACAGAUGAUGGAAAAUUUGGUUGCAAGCAUCCUGGCUUCUCUCCAUGGCCUUCCCAUUCCUAAUGAAGUGCGACUUAACUGGGAUAAUUCCGUGGCAUGACACGUGGCAGAUUAAAUGAAAAAAAAAAAAAAUCUUGUUUUGUGUAUCUACAUUAAAGCCCAUCAUGCAGAUUAAUACUCUUUUGGGCGAAAAGCCUUAAGAACAGCGGUAACAUUUGUUGAGAACUUGGCAGGCGCUUCUCUUCCAUUCCCGCCGCAGCCUCCAGGCCUCUCUGAGCGAAGUCCCCCCCCCCCCCCC